UCAUGCACCCUGCGUCAGCGAGGAAAUCAGGGGCUCUGCAGGUCAGUCCAGAGCAGAGUCCAGUGUGCUUGGACGUCUCCACAAGGCCCAAUCCCUGGACGUCCUCUCUGAGACCCGCUUGCAAACCCAGAUGGAGAGGGACGUCUCGACCUCAGACCGCCGUGCACGCAGCACGAGCAACACAAGCAGCACAAGCACCGAGACCAGCUUCUCCAGCUUCUCCUCCAGUAGCGACUCAUCCUCUAGUUUGAAAGAGGAAGCGCAGUGUGAGAGCUGCACAGGCAAUCCUGCAGCCUCACCCCAGCCCAACGUCAGCGACAGUGAGAGAUCUGAUCUCAGCCUCUCGGACCGCCGCAGCUCCAACACUAGCUCUGAGAGCUCUGGAUCUGUCAGCCCCAUAAGCAGGGAGACAGCCUUAAACGCUCCCCAGGUGCCACCCAGACCCAAAACUGAGGAGAUCCUAAACCGCUGCACCACCAUGACCCGCAAGGCAGCCCUGGCCACCAAGACCCGGCUUCAGAGUCAGCCAGAGUCCAUCCACAGCCGCUAGGGAAUCAUAAGCCUCUGAUUAACAAUAUAUUCAUGUAACAUACUUAAUCUGUUUGACCCUACAGGGUCUGUCAGUCAAAUGCGUUUAAUGCAGCAUUGUUCAUAUUUCUAUUUUAAAUUCUUGUCGUACCAAAGAUGGGGGAGAAAGCAACCUUGACAAGCUAAAGGUAUGCUCAAUGGCGCAAGAUGAUGUUUAAAUAAGGCCCUUUUGUUAAAAUAGAGCAUGGCACCUUUGUUGUAAUAUUUCACUCAGUGUAAGAAAAUAAUAACAUUAAUAAUAAUGUAGCUUCAGUGAAGCGUUAGAAGGAGCAGGUACGAGUAAAUGUAUGUGACAUUGUCAUACAGGAGUAAACAGAU